CUUUUACCUCUGACUGAAAUCCUACCUAAGGCAGUCGCAGGCAUCACCUCUGACACAGGGUGGAGCAGACAGCUGUCAGAAACAUAACCUUCUAGACCUUUAAGGAGAAAGCUGCCGGCUUGGUCCUGUUGGGGCCUCUACAUGUUCUGAGAGUCAGAGGGAGUGCAGGUAUAGAAUCCAGGUCCCCGUGGGGGCUGGCAGGGGACAGCUGUACAUUCUACACCCCCUGGCAGGGCUCAACCUCUCCUUAGAGAUGGGCUGUGAAAGUUGUCUGCCUUGAGGGAAGGAACUCCUGACGUCACACAGCAGUGGUGCUUCCACCUACCCCGUCCCCAAGGAGCCUGCACACUGAUGGGGGAGGCACAGCCAUGGAGGAGAACCAGAGUCUUGUGGGGAGACACCGUCCUCAGGAGCCCCCAGGCUGAGGGGGGAAAUAAAACACGCAAGAAACCCCAAACUUGCAAGGUUCUGGGGCAGGCACCGAGGUCCAAGUGGCAAGGAGACAGGAUCCAGCCCUGUGCAAUGGUGAGGAGGCCCCUGGGGCUGCUGUGGUCGGCCUGGAAUGUCAGGCUGUGAGCUCAGCCCUCUCGGCCUGCGUGUGUCGGGCUGUCAGCAGGGCCGGCGCACGGGAGAAGGUUUCCAGCCCCCUCUGGGCCAUGGAGAGGCCUAAAUUUAGCUAGUAGACAAGGGGCUGGCCCCAAGCCCAGGGACAGUCGGCCUUAUAAAGCGGCCGCAGUCGGGGCCCGGCACGCUCCCCCAGAGGCCUGUGCCCACACCCUCUCCUGUCCAGCCCUUGCCCGCCUGGGCAGGGCCCGGCGCCGCCCGUGGAUGAGCCACAGGACCUCUUCCACCUUCCGAGCGGAGAGAAGUUUCCAUUCCUCCUCCUCUUCCUCGUCCUCUUCCACCUCUUCCUCGGCCUCCCGUGCCCUCCCGGCCCAGGACCCACCCAUGGAGAAGGCCCUGAGCAUGUUUUCCGAUGACUUUGGCAGCUUCAUGCGGCCCCACUCGGAGCCCCUGGCCUUCCCAGCAGCCCACCCCACAGCCCGCCCCGGGGCGCCAGGCAACAUCAAGACCCUUGGAGAUGCCUAUGAGUUUGCAGUGGAUGUGAGGGACUUCUCGCCUGAAGACAUCAUUGUCACCACCUCCAACAACCACAUCGAGGUGCGAGCCGAGAAGCUGGCGGCUGACGGCACUGUCAUGAACACCUUCGCUCACAAGUGCCAGCUGCCGGAGGACGUGGACCCGACAUCAGUGACCUCAGCUCUGCGGGAGGACGGCAGCCUCACCAUCCGGGCACGGCGUCACCCGCAUACAGAACACGUCCAGCAGACCUUCCGGACAGAGAUCAAAAUCUGAGGGCCUCUCCCUUCCCUUUCUCUGUCCCCCUGCCCCACGCCUGCCAGCAAAGCCUUCCUAACCCCAUUACAACAGCCCCAGGACAUCUCAGCCCAGGUUCCAGCCCCAACGCUCCCCAAACCCCAGGUGGACCAUCCUCCCAAGCUAGGGCCCUCCACUCUAUCCAGAGCAGGCCAGGGACUCCCUGGCCUGCCCAGAUUUCAGAUAUGGCCUCCCCCACUUAAUCCAGAGUACAGGGGCUGGGGUCGGGGAAGGAAGAUCUAAAGAAUCCGUGGUGGGUAAGGGGAAUGGGACCAGCAGGACACCUGGGCAAGCUCUGCAGGACAGACAGACAGAAAAAUCCUCUGAUCUAUGAAGUCUCUGCAGGGCAAGGGGACCAGGGACCUGGAACUCCCUUGGCCAAGGGAAGUGGGAGAGACAGAGGGAAGGUCACAGGCAGGGGUGCCUAUCUAAGUGGAACUAACGCCCGAGGGCUUAGCAAGGCCAAGAGGAGACAGUCGUGCUGGUAAAUUUCCCCUCUGCCGGCCUCCAAGCCCCACGCCAGCGAGCAGGCUGCCUGCACACCCUGUGCCCCCAGCCAGCUGGCUGUGCCAGGGCAGAGCUGCGCCACAUCUGUAUAUAGAUGGGGUUUUUCCAAUACAGCUGAUUCGUGAUAAACUGCAUGAAAGUCCUGCCGUCCCAUGCCUGCUGGGGCCUCCAGACAAGGCCACGUGGGGUUGGGGGCGGGGCUGAUCCUUCUCCCUGCCAAAGGCCUGUGUUCCUGCGGCUGCUCCCAUGCAGACAGGGUCACCUAACAGAGAUGGAAGCCAGGGCAUGGAUGGAGUUUUGGGUCCUCAAGGUUGGACCCCAGCUUCUUGCCACCUUCCCCUCCGAUUAGUCGCCUCCCCAUCCAUCCCCCUCUUUAAUCUAUGAAUCUAUAGGCUCGGUGUGUGUAACACACACACACACACACACCUAUCGUCCUUCGAAUACUCAGCAUUACCAUUGGUUGAGGCCAAAUUCAGAGCUUUCUCAAAUCAGAUUUACAAUCUCCAUUUUCAUCAAUGGGGAAACAACGCUGAGCCACUGAGUGCCCGGCUUCGUCGCUGAAGGUUAGAUCUGAAUCCAGGGUGUCAACAGCUGCUCUCAAUUCCCCAUCUCUGGGCACUGAGGAGUAUUUCCCCUCAUUCUACCUCUCUAGGGCUAUGCACCCCUCCCCACAUCUUCCAGCUGGGGGAUGGGGGGAGUCAUAGGAAAAGCCCCCAUCUCCCAUCUGGUAUAGGGAUAUUCCAUCAGCCUUAACCCUGGGGAAUGCCUGCUGCCCCCGGUGACUCUUGGCUUCAUCUCCCACAUACAGAAGCAGGGUGGAGGGGAGGGGUGAGGAGUGGGUCUCAGUUAGCAGCGGUCCCCAAGGCAAGUGGCAAGCCAGCCUCCUCCCUCCGUGCCUCUCUGGUCAGUGUGCCUUAGGGUAGCCUCUCACUCCCACCACUCUGGGCCCCUUGGGGGAGGACUGGGGAGGGGUCUGUGGGAGAGCCCUGACGCUGGAACCUGUAUACACAAUAAAGGACAUUUUCACAGAC